AUGAUAUCAACGAAAACACAUUCAACGGAGCUAACAACGAACACACAAGCGUCAACGGCUAGCGUAUCCACGGUGAGCACAGCAAAAGCAUCUACCGAAUAUUCAACCUCAGUGUCAACGUUAAAAACUGCACAAACAACACCAGCACCGUCGACAACAAAAACAAACAUGACACCCUCACCAACAAUGAUCACAAAUGUUACAGCUGAAAGGCCAUCAGCAGCACCGUGGACUGCACAAAUAACGAUGACGCAAUCAAAAACUGCAAAUUUAUCCUCGAGUUCAACAACAACAGUGUCGACGACAAAACAAACAACAAUGAAAUCAUCACCAACAACAAUCACCAAUAUGCCUGCUGAAACAACAAAAACAACAGCAUCGGCAGUACAACCAACCACGAUACCAUCAAUUACAACCAAGACCCCAUCAAUAACAACAACAAUAUAUUUUACAAACGGUACAGCGAUAACUGCAGCGUCUACACCACAGACUCUUUCGCCAUUGACACCAGAAACAACAACAACAACAUCACAAACAAAUACGAUUCCACCAAAAACAACCACCCCCUCGACACCAGAAACAACUGCAACAGACUUACAAAAAAUUACGACACCAUCACAAACAUCCACUUCAUCGACAACAGAAACAACAACGACACCAACACUAACACCAACCACAUAUUUCGCAGAUAGCACAACACUUACUGAUGCAACUACACCGAAAAUAAGCACGCAAUCGACACCAGAACUAAUCACAACAACAUCACAAACAACCACGACACCAUUGCAGACAUCCACGACAUCGACAACCGAAACAACUACGACACCAACACUUUUACCAACCACAACUUUCGCAGAAAGUACAACACUCACUGAUGCAACUACACCGAAGACAACCACGCUAUCGACAACAGAAACAACCACGACACCAUCUAUUACAACUACCAUAACGACACCAACACCCCCGACAACAUCGUAUACAACUGAAAUAAUAUCAACUUCGAAAACAACAUUCAAAAUUACAACAACGUCAUCACAACCGACGUACAGUUCAGAAAUAACAUCGACAUCGACGUUUGAAACCUCGGAAAUGCCAAACACAAUCGUCUCAGAAGCAACAACAAUAGCAAUGGUAGAAACAUCUGACACAUCAACGUCAUCGGCAUCUUCAUCAUCGUACACCACAAUAACUGCGAUAGAUUGUGGACCUGUUGAAACAAUACCGAAUGGACAAAUUGAUCUGAAUGAUCCACUCAACACGACAUAUGGUGCCACAGCCAACGUCACAUGUGACUCUGGAUUUGACGUCAGUAUAUAUGAAGUGGCCUGUCUAGGUAAUGGAUUAUGGUCAGAGCCAUCGUGUAAACCUAAAGAGAUGCCUUAUUUGACUUGUAAAAACGAUACAGACACAAGAGGUACGCUUUGGACAGAGAUUCUCGCCAACACGACACGUUCAUAUGACUGCGAUAAUGGAUCAAAAGGUUACAAGUCUCGAAAAUGUCGCCCAGACGGCACAUGGGAGCUACCACAGUACAGCUGUGUCAGAGAAGAAGUGGAGAAUGUCAAUAAUCAACUCAACGAUCUCACGACGAAUGUUAAUAUUACAACAGAAGAAAUCACAGUUGCACUAGAAGCCCUCACGAAUGUAACCACGACACAUGGGACAAAUGCUGCAACAGCUCUCACGGAUGGGGAGAUAACAGCGAUAACUAGUUCACUGGAGAAUGUUGCGACUCUUCUUAACAACUCCACUAAGUUUGAUCCUGUGAAUAUCUCCAAGCACUUUAUGGAGUCAGCCAGUAAUUUGCUUGAUUCGUCCAACCAAGAAAGCUGGAAGGCAAUGAAGGAAUCAGUACGUACUCGGUUUUUGUCGGUAAACUGCAUUAAGAACAACAAUGGGGCAGAAACGAUGCUGAAGGCUGUCGAUUCCGUUGGAUCCGCUAUAAAAAGAAGUAUUCAAACUGGUAAUAGAACAUCUGUCACCAUUGUCAAGACAAAUGUUGCCUUAGAAGUGAAAAAGACUGGUGAAGAAAGUAUUGAGUUUCCUGCAAAAUCUUCAUCUGAUAAUCCAGCCGAUGCUGACAAAGAUUGGAUUCAUAAGUCCCACAGUAAUUUGACAUUGGACAAACGUGCAUUUAAAGAAGACAAAACUUACAUCACCACAGCUAUAAUGUAUCGGGACAUGUCAGAUAUUCUGCCAACACAAUCAAAUGAAAAUACAACAGGAAACGGGAAUCAAAAAGAAAUAAAUGGUCCUGUGUUGUCAUUGUCGCUUGACCCAGCUAUAGGGAAACUUACUCCUCCAAUCAGAAUAACAUUCGGUCACUUCUUGACGAAUUUGUCAGAGCCAGCAUGUAACUACUGGCAAUUUGGCAAGGACAAUCAAGCAGGAGGAUGGUCAACAGACGGGUGUUUCGUGAAUUAUUCCUCAGCAAUCCAGACUGUCUGUGAAUGCACACAUCUUACUAACUUUGCUGUGCUGAUGAGCCCAUUUGUGCAGGCAGAUGCUGAUUCAAUCCCAUUGCGCAUCGUCUCCAUCGUUGGAAUUGCUGUAUCCAUGUUUUGCCUUCUGUUAACAUCGUCUUUGUACAUCUGCUUAUGGAAGUACCUGAAAAACGACCGUGCUGUUAUUCUCCUGAACCUCUGUAUUGCCCUGUUCUUCUCCUACAUCGUGUUCCUGGCCGGAGUCGAUAGAACGGAAAGCAAGGAGUUUUGCUCAGUUGUGGCAGCCUUAUUGCAUUAUAUCUACUUGGUCGUUUUUUGUUUGAUGCUUGCGGAGGGGAUAGACAUUGCAUACACAGUUCUUUAUGUAUUUGCUACCAGAUCACGCGCGAGAUCAUUAGUUAUUGCAUCAUGGGUUAUACCAGCUGUCAUUGUCGGAAUAUCACUCGGAGCAACUCAGACACAAGGAUAUGGAAACACUAACUUCUGCUGGUUGUCUCUAUCACGUGGUGUUAUAUGGGCGUUCGUGGCUCCUGCCUUGCUCAUUAUUUCGUUAAACAUUAUAUGCUUGGUCCUUGUUUUCCGCAAAAUGCUGAGAAUGAAAGCAAUGGAAUCUAAGAAAACGACAGAAAAGAUUCAAACCAGCCUUCGUUCGCUUUGUGUACUUGUUCCUCUGAUGGGUGUGUCAUGGAUUCUGGGAAUAUUCUACAUCAACGAAGAUCUGUACUUCAUGCAAUACCUUUUUGCCAUUUGUAAUGGUCUUCAGGGACUCUUUAUUUUCCUAUUCCACUGUGCUUUGAAUAAAAAAAUACAAAAUGGAUGCCAAAUGAGACGAAGGCGUAUGUCCGCCAUGAAGUCUACGCUCAAAGCAACUUACAGAAGUUCGAGUAAGGAGAGGUCUAAAUCAAAAGAUCUUAAAUCAUUUAGUUCAGAGUCUCGAGACAUUGAUGCAUCAAUCGACUGGAGUAACUGGGUUCUCAAUGGAACACCUGAGACUGACGAAGGUCAAAAACUUCGUUCGCCAGUUGGCGGUGGAGCCUUCGGUCAUAAUCACCGCCCGACUGUUGCCUUCAACCCUCCUGCUGAAUACUCUCCACACACUCAUGAUAGUCGUCAAAGUAUCAAACACAGAGAUUCUGACAAAAUCGAAUUUGACCGAGGCGAGGACAAUAACUAUGACUACAUAAAAUGA